CACAUACCGUACGCGAUUUUCGUUACACUUUAGUUAAUACAGUUAAUUUAUUUACCGAAGAAAUUAAGUGGUUAUUUCAUGUUUACAUUAAGUUCUAUUGUUUACCUAACGGAAAACAUUCCGUCCAGUAUCUGAUAACUACACCGACAAUGAUAAAACAAUGAGAUAAUAUUCCAUGUGCGUGGAUCCCGCGGUCAUAAGAAGGUGGCGGGGCGCAGCGGUGCAGGGACAACAUGACGCGCCCGGGACCUCCUAAUGAGAACCUGCCUACGAUCAAACUGGUGGUGGUGGGAGAUGGCGGCGUGGGGAAGAGCGCGAUCACUAUCCAGUUCUUCCAGAAGCUGUUCGUGACGGAUUACGACCCCACCAUCGAGGACUCGUACAUUCAGCACACCGAGGUGGACGGCCAGUGGUGCAUCCUCGAUGUACUGGACACGGCGGGGCAGGAGGAGUUCAGCGCCAUGCGGGAGCAGUACAUGCGCAAGGGGGACGGCUUCCUGCUCGUGUACUCCGUCACCGACAAGCAGAGCUACGAGAACAUCCGCCACUUCCACACACAGAUACUGCGGGUCAAGGACAGGGACACGUACCCCAUGCUGCUGGCCGCCAACAAGGUGGACCUGGUGCACGUGCGCGCCGUCAGCGAGGAGGCCGGCCGCGAGCUGGCGCGGCAGCUGGGCGCGCCCUACAUCGAGACCAGUGCCAAGGAACCGCCGCUCAACAUCGACGCCGCCUUCCACGAGGUGAGUGUUCCACUGCCUGUGCUCCCUCCCCUGCCUCCCACGAGGUGAGUGUUCCACUGCCUGUGCUCCCUCCCCUGCCUCCCACGAGGUGAGUGUUCCACUGCCUGUGCUCCCUCCCCUGCCUCCCACGAGGUGAGUGUUCCACUGCCUGUGCUCCCUCCCCUGCCUCCCACGAGGUGAGUGUUCCACUGCCUGUGCUCCCUCCCCUGCCUUCCACGAGGUGAGUGUUCCACUGCCUGUGCUCCCUCCCCUGCCUCCCACGAGGUGAGUGUUCCACUGCCUGUGCUCCCUCCCCUGCCUCCCACGAGGUGAGUGUUCCACUGCCUGUGCUCCCUCCCCUGCCUCCCACGAGGUGAGUGUUCCACUGCCUGUGCUCCCUCCCCUGCCUCCCACGAGGUGAGUGUUCCACUGCCUGUGCUCCCUCCCCUGCCUCCCACGAGGUGAGUGUUCCACUGCCUGUGCUCCCUCCCCUGCCUCCCACGAGGUGAGUGUUCCACUGCCUGUGCUCCCUCCCCUGCCUCCCACGAGGUGAGUGUUCCACUGCCUGUGCUCCCUCCCCUGCCUCCCACGAGGUGAGUGUUCCACUGCCUGUGCUCCCUCCCCUGCCUCCCACGAGGUGAGUGUUCCACUGCCUGUGCUCCCUCCCCUGCCUCCCACGAGGUGAGUGUUCCACUGCCUGUGCUCCCUCCCCUGCCUCCCACGAGGUGAGUGUUCCACUGCCUGUGCUCCCUCCCCUGCCUUCCACGAGUUGGUGCGCAUCAUCCGCAACCACCCGCAGCAGGAGGCCAAGCCGCGCGGCCGCCGCAAGCUGCGCUGUACUCUGCUGUGAGACACACACACACACACAGCGCCGCUCCGCGACACGUCUACACUAGUACUGCUUGUAUUGGGGACGGAGUGGUCAGCCGACACGAAGCUGUUUGUUGGUAACCAGUAAUAUGUAAUUGCACCGAUAUAUUCGUGAGUAAGGCUUGUACAGUGAUGUUAGACCGCAUAGUACGUGUAAUGCGUAGUUUAGUCAUAUUUUUAUAUUGACGGAAGAAUAUAAAACUAUAUGUCGAACACAAAUCUUUUGAAAUCGAAGCUUUAAAGGUUUCUACCGACUAGAGUGUACCACGCAAUAGUGGAGACACGUCAUAAUGGAGCUUCCACUGCAGCUGCGGAACACAACAUUACUCGAAUGCUUUAAUACGAGGAUCGCCGUGUCGCCGUGUCGCGCCUGUUCGAAUGCACAAACAUAAUGGUCGCGUGUAGGAGACGUUAAACCUAGAUGUAUCGUUUGUAAGAUGACUUGUUUAUUUCAUACACCAUGUACCAAUGCGUAGCAUUUAUUGUAGCUCGGUAAGUGUCCAUAGUGUAAGCAGACAGCGUGACCAAUACAUUGCGGAUUGUUCUCGCUAGUAUUAUUUUGUUGAUCCAAGGCCCGCGCACCCGGCGUCGGUCCUCGGCUCAUGUAUCGCACUUAUUUUUACUUUUAAUUAUUUAUUUGCGAUACUUGGAAUGAAUCCCUAUGCAAGGAAUUUAGUCUGGGUUAGCAGACGAUCCAUGUGUAGGAGUGUAAGUGAGUGAGCAGUGCGCGUGUAGCGACAUGUACCCGCUCGCGUGGUAGAAGGCAGUGAGGGCGGCCGCGGGCCGGGCCGUGCGCGCGGGGCUUGAUGUUGGAACCAAACUCGGUACGGCGGCUCGAUGGGAACACACACGUGCAGCCAUAUUGCAUGCAUCUGUAUACAUAGCACAAUGUCUUUGUAUAUACCUACGUAUGCUUACGUCACAGUUGACAAUAACUUCCACCGCUCCCUCAGACGUGGCCCACUUAGUUCUCAAUGCAGUGUUGAGUCGAGCCGCUGGUACGUAGGUAUAGCACGAAACAUUUGUUAUACACACGCCAAAGAGAUUUCAUAAGUAUCUAGCUUUUAUUUAUAAGUAAGUAAGGAGUAUAUUUCAAUGUUUAAACAUUAAUUAUAAGAGCGGUUGUGGAGGCGGCGCCCGCACCCCGUGUACUAGCAAUCUGGGAGUAACAAGUAGCUCAUAUUAUUAUGCAACGUCACAAAUACUAAACGCUCACCGGACAAUAAUUAAUUGAGGUUUCGCACAACUCUGCUACCGACAGUGUGUACGUGUAGUAGCCAGUAGUACGGCGGCGGGCGCCCCCCCCCCCCUGUAGUCUCGUGCACCAGCUGGCUCGCGACAGCGCCAGCUGCUGGCAAUAACAAGGCUGAACCAUUCUCAAACAAACUAUUUCAGCGUAACUUCCAAAUAUACAGUCGUAAGCUGUGCUCAUCUGUGUGAAAACUGAUGUAAUAGUACAUCAGUUGUCGUUUGGCACUCACUAGAUGGCGCUGUUUAGUCAAACUAAACGGCUACGUUACACUUCACUAGUCCGACGAAGCAAGCCGACGCUUUACCGCGACCCCUAGUCAUAAGUACAUGUAGUCUAUGCUAACGAAACACUGUCAAGGAAUUGAACUCAGAAAUAAAUGAGUGUUCGAAUUUUAGCAUAAAUAUGUAAGAGUUUGUAAACAUUACUUCUACUGCUGACUAACAUAGUGAACGUAAUAUUACGUUAUUUGUACUUUAUUGUAGUUAGCUCGCGAGUUGGACCUCGGCACAGGAACUGUAGCUCGCACUCGCAGGCCGACUGCUGCGUGUCGAAGACAGGCAAUAAUGAAACUAUGUUAAUGAAGUAAAUACUCGAUGCGACGGAGUUGUCUGCGGAGCUGCUACUACGCUCUAUGGUUACAUAAAGUAUGUUAAAUAUGUUGUGUUAAUCUCCUCAGUAGAAUGGUCUACUUAGCAUUGGGCGCAGAGAUGAAGUUUCGAGUAAAGUUACGUCUUUUUUACACGAAGAUAAGAUAUUCAUGAGAUUCGUCGAUCAUCAAACAGAUUCGAAACGAUAACGCCCCACUCGGAAUUGACCCGCGCCAUGUUGCGCAGCGGCCGGUGUCCGACCGUGCGAGACCGUGCGGUCGGUGCGACUGCAUCGUGUGUAUUGCAUGUCCCGACUAGUUGUAUGUCCCGACUAGUUGUAUGUCCCGACUAGUUGUAUGUCCCGACUAGUUGUAUGUCCCGACUAGUUGUAUGUCCCGACUAGUUGUAUGUCCCGACUAGUUGUAUGUCCCGACUAGUUGUAUGUCCCGACUAGUUGUAUGUCCCGACUAGUUGCCGCAGCCGGCUCCGUCGCAUCGUCGCUCGCCACAGACUGCACUAUGGAACUGAGAACCCCUCAGGCAGCGCAUUGCCAGUUUCCACUGUAACCGACGCGAAGUGCGCGUGCGCAUGCCACAUAUAUAAACAUGUUAUGUAGUUGUUUCUCUAGAUUGCUAUAUUAUUUCACUACUGACUUCCAAUACAAAGCAAAAUACUUAUUUUAAUAUAAAUACUUGAACAAUAUUUUUUGAACGAAACAAACAUAUUGUAUAUUGCAUUAUUGUUGUUAUCCUUUGAUCUAGUCCUUGGAUUGUGUCCAGAAUACGAAGAUGAUAUAAUUGAAGAAAUUAAAUUAGUUGUGCGCUGCCCCGUUUAGCAUCGGCGUAAUGAUAAAUGAUCGUAUAUUGUUGUUACUAUAUGUUUUGUAUGUUGUAACAUAUAAUAAAUGUAGGAAACUA